GCAUGCGCACGAAAAGGUGCAACAGUGGCUGGAGAAAAACAACAACAUUCAUUGGAACAAGAGGGUGGAACUUAUGGCAGUGCGAGACGACCCCAGAUUUCACUGAUCUAGUCCACAUCUGAGCCCUUUUUUACUUCAGCUUUAUCUGUAAAUGUUGUCGAGCCCAUGAACCUGGCCAGUCAGAGCGGAGAGGCCGGCUGCAGCCAGCUGCUCUUCGCCAACUUUAACCAGGAUAACACAUCCCUAGCUGUUGGUACCAAGUCUGGGUACAAGUUUUUCUCCUUGUCAUCAGUAGACAAAUUGGAACAGAUCUAUGAAUGUACCGACACAGAAGAUGUGUGCAUCGUGGAGAGAUUGUUCUCCAGCAGCCUUGUCGCUAUUGUCAGCCUUAAGGCACCUAGGAAGCUGAAGGUCUGUCAUUUCAAGAAAGGGACAGAGAUAUGCAACUACAGCUACUCAAACACUAUACUGGCUGUGAAACUAAACAGACAGAGAUUGAUAGUGUGUUUAGAGGAGUCACUCUAUAUCCACAACAUUAGGGAUAUGAAAGUACUACAUACCAUUCGAGAGACCCCUCCGAAUCCUUCCGGACUAUGUGCCCUGUCAAUCAGUAAUGACAACUGCUACUUGGCCUACCCGGGAAGUGCAACAAUUGGGGAGGUACAAGUUUUUGAUACGGUCAACCUGAGGGCAGCUAACAUGAUACCUGCCCAUGAUAGCCCACUAGCAGCACUGGCGUUUGAUGCAAGCGGGACUAAAUUGGCCACAGCCUCUGAGAAGGGCACCGUGAUCCGUGUGUUCUGCAUUCCCGAGGGCCAAAAGAUCUUUGAGUUCAGGAGGGGAGUAAAGAGAUGUGUGAGCAUCUGUUCCCUCGCCUUCAGUAUGGAGGGACUCUAUCUGUCUGCCUCAAGCAACACCGAGACGGUUCAUAUUUUUAAGCUGGAGACCCAGAGAGAGAAGCCUCAGGAGGAGCCCACUACUUGGACGGGAUACUUUGGGAAAGUAUUGAUGGCCUCUACAACAUACCUGCCUGCACACGUAACAGAGAUGUUCACUCAAGGAAGGGCAUUUGCUACAGUCAGACUGCCCUUUUCAGGUCACAAGAACAUCUGCGCUCUGGCCAUAAUCCAGAAGAUUCCACGCCUGCUGGUGGCUGCAGCAGAUGGCUAUCUUUACCUGUACAAUCUGGACCCACAGGAGGGAGGAGAGUGCACACUAAUGAAACAGCAUAAGUUAGAUGGAAGUGUAGAGCCAGUGAAUGAAAUUCUUGAACAGACCGCUCACGACCGGCCACUCGUGGCACAGACCUACAGUGCUGCUGUUGCCAAAGGUUACACUGAGGAUCAGGGGGCAGUCGGGGGUGCUGGAGUGGAGGACGACAUGAACACCCUGCACCUGGACGAAGAGAACGAGCAGCCUCCGUUAAUCCUGGAAACAGACUGAGCCACUGGCAGAAGAUGGAACUGACUGAGUGACAUUGCAGAGGGGGGUUUCCUCCUCUGGUGCUGCUAUGGGCAUGUGUGACCUGAUAGAGAAAGGGAUUAAAACAGAGAUCAUUUUAAAGCAAGCCUAGCUGUAGCCUUAUUCUGUCUCUUGUUGCGUAUAGAUGUUUUCCUUCCCCCACCCUUGUGGCUUUGUAAAACUUGUGGAUUUUUCUUUGAUUUCCUUUUUUUUAAUGCCAGGUUAAUUUCCUUAAUCAGACCAAAAUAUGAAAUCCAAGCUGCAGGUUUCACAUCUCUUAGCUUUGCAUGUACUUGUGCCAAGAAUAGAAAUCCUAGAAAACUUUUGCUUUCAUGUGGAUGGUUCUGAUGUGUUUGCUGGCUAUUUCUCUUCUUGAACUUUGACAAGCACUUGUGUGGUUGUGCGUUUGUGUCUUUUUCAAAUGUGAUUGAAAGCGAACUGGCUUGCGCCGCCUGCUACAUCACCACACAACUGUGCAGUGUCUGCGAUAUCCCUUACCAAUCAUCUGUGGCUCAGUGGCACCGAGAUGUGAAUUUUUGUCCUGUAAUAACAGUAUACAUGAUCUGUUAACAACA